AUGGUACUACCAUUCUCCACUAGGAAUGCAACCCCCCAUGCAUACAGCGACUUCAUAGAAACUCUUCGAAACCGACUCACAGCGCGCGGACGAACCAUAUCACAUGGUAUACAGGUGCUGCCUCGAAUACAAGAUGUGCCCGACGAGCACCGCUUUGUUCUUGUUGAUCUUACAAACUCUGACAACAAUACCAUCAGGGUGGCAAUUGAUGUGGUGAACGCUUACGUGGUUGGUUAUGCUGCUGGCGGUCGAUCCUACUUUCUUCAAGAAAAUGCUCCUGGCAAUCCGCCUCCAAUCCACACUUUAUUCCUCGGCAAUGGUAUCAUUCCGAUGCCUACUCUGAACUUCAACGGCACCUACGGCGGGCUUGCAGGAGCUGCACAAGAUGCAGUACAAAGGAAUACACCACGUGAUCGUGCUCGUAACCGAGCAGGGGCAAAUAUACAUACGAAUACACCUAUUCUUCAGCGAAUCCCUCUGGGACGCAAUGAACUAGAUAACGCCAUCAGCCUGUUGCGCUACGCGGUAUCCCAAUCCGACCAAGCCGUAGGGUUUAUCGUCAUCAUUCAGAUGCUGUCGGAAGCGGCAAGGUUCCGAGCCAUUGAGGGACUAGUCCGCACUACCAUGCGGGAAGACUACGAUCCCCUUAUACGAGGCCCAGCAAUGGAGAGCCUGGAAACCCAUUGGUCUGAUCUCUCCGAAGAGAUACAGAGGGUACCUGAAGAUGAAACACUCUUCCGUAACAAUAGGACUAUUGUGCUCCACAAUAUCAGAAAUGACCGCGUCCAAGUAAACAGUGUUGAUUCACCCUUUGUUAGGGGUGUUGCGAUCCUGCUCUACGACCGACACCAAAACCAAAACCAAAACCGAAACCGAAAUUGCAACCCUGUGAGAGUGCCUGGACGUCGUCGUCCUGAUCAUGAUGAAAUUUAA